GUCUGACUGGAUUCAAAUGUCGCAGUGGUGACCUCUUCUGCGGGACACACCGCUAUGCAGACAUACAUAACUGCUCCUUCAAUUACCAUGUCGCUGUGCAAGAACCUAUAGCUAAAGCAAAUCCAGUUGUGAAGGCAGAGAAGCUUGACAAAAUCUGAAAAACUCAAACACCAAAGUUUCCUUCGUCCUGUCUGUCUGGUCCAAGGUCGUUGCUUAUAUACAUGGUCCAAGAACGAAAGCGUGUUUUGCUCUUUAGCUUCUUUCAUUCUCUCUACAAUAUUUGUGGUGUGAAACUUUCUAUUAUCUUUGUUUGCAAGCAGAGAAGUAUGCUCUUAAAGAAUAUGCUUUGAUGUGUUUUUUUUUCUUAUGAUUUAUGAGCACUAUGGUUUGUUUAUGUUUCAUCAUUUAGGUAUGUAUCAUAAUGAGACUGUAUCUGUAGCUAUAUAUUGAAUCUUUUCUUUAAAAGUGUGUGCUUGUCUUACGUUGGAGGUUUUAGGUCAGACUCUCGUUCAUUUUCAUUUAUCUGUUUGGUGAGCUAUGGAAGUGCUGUGAAGUCAUUAACUUUAACAUCUGGCUAACUGCCCCGAUGAAGAUUCAGGAGCUUAGCUUUCCCCGGUUUAUGAUGACCAAUGUGCAUAACCGGAUAGAUCGGUUCACCCUCGCCACAUACUACCAAAACACUGAACCAAAAACUUGUGAAUUUGUCACCCGUGCGCUGUAGUAGAUAUAUUAUUCUUUAUAUCUAUAUACUACAUGAUGACCUGUGUGUAUGCACUGGGUGAAAGUUUAAUACAAUACUGCUGGCAAAUGUAAACAAUAAAUUCACAUAACCUGCCUAUUUUAUGUAUAAAAACAUAUGGAUAAUAUGGAAAUUUUAUUGAUGAAUAGUAUGGACAAAAAAAAGGGGUUGGUUUUGGAUUUGACUUGAAAAAGUGGGUUGGUUUUGAAAAACACCCAAUUAAUAAACGAAGCAACCGUAGACUAAGUUAUGCAUUCAACGUUAAAUCUUUAUUUUCAUGUGAAUAAAAACAUAACAAAAUCCAAAUGUAUUCAAGAUAGAUAGAGAAAACAUGUUGAAAGCUACUCAUUCUAAUAAAAAAGUAGGAAAUCAUGAAGUACAUUAACGUUGACAUCAACUAAAACCAUCUCACUGAGACCACCACCAGCCGAAUAUUGUUUCCACAGGAUAACCUUCACUUUGAUUUUUCACUUUGAUUUUCCACAUUGAUUUGAACGGUUUCAAGUCAAAAACGGCAGUGAAAGAUGCCAAAGUUCAGCACACUAAGGCUUGAGAAUUUAGCUUGUUUUGGUUUCUUGUUUCUUUUCCGUUACCCGUAAGGCCAUAACUAACCCCAAAAAAAAGGUAAAGUUAACAAACGUGCCAUGAGAGCAGUGCUGGCCCUGGGCCCAAGUUGAUGAAGUAUGAGCUUCCGGCCACCAAUUUAUAUGUACUAAACCAGUCACAAAAUUAAUAAAAACUUGUGUAGUCGAGAGGUUGAAACAGCAUUUAUCUUGCCAAGGGGACAAGGGUUUGAAUCUUUCCUGGUCUAAAUCACAGUUUUUGGCCACUUUUUUUAUUUUUAGCUAGUAGCCUCAAAUACACUAGGACCAGCUCUGCAUGAGAGUGUGUCUGCCUCUGCGAGUGCCCUAAAGCCACGUGCAUGAAUUGUCCUAUGCUCUUUUCAUUCUUAGUUUUUUUUUUGUGUAAAUGUUAAGAUUUAUAUCAGUUUUUUUCAGUUUUUAAGUUGUGAAAAACCACUUAUUACAAGAAAGACAAAAUACAAGAAAACAAAGAGAGCAAAGAGAGAAUUUCAAAGGGAAGAACAUUAAGGCGGCCGGCCGGAAUGGUUCAUUCUUAGUUUCGACUGAUUUUGGCUAUAUUAGACAACCACUCACUCAGGGCCGGGCCUAGUUACAAGCCCAUCAAGCAUUUGCUUGAGGGCUGAUCACUAUAAAAAUAUUUUUGGGGCCAACUUUUCUAAUAAUUAGGUAGCAGAGAUGGUGCAAGAAGCUAUAAUAUGAGACCCCUCUAUGGGUGCCCUGGGUUCGAAUGCUGAGUAGUGCGAUUCUGGGCCAAUUUUUUUUCUCGCUUCUAGUUUGCCAAAUGUCAGGCACGGCCCUGCACUCACUACACUGUCACGGGAAAGAUCUACUAGGUUUUCUUAUAACAAUUCUAUUCUUCUUCUUUUUGUCAACUUGUGAUAACAAUUCUAUUAUAUAUUACACGUUUUCUUAAUACAAAAUUUGAAUCUCGAGAUAUAUUAUAACUUUCAAUAGGUUUAAUUAUAUAUGAAAACAGAGAAAUAACUCUAGAAUAGUUCAUCAUAUAUAUAUACUAGUAGUAUUCCGGCGCUACGCGCCGGUUUUGUAUGUUUUAUUCUUACGUAAAUUUACAAUUCAUUUUAUGGCCUUAUUAAAGAAAAUAUGUUCAAAAAUAUGAAAAUAAAACUAUAUUAAAAGAAAAUGAUAUUUUUCGGAUUCAUUUGAUAGUGGUUAGCGAUAGUGUAUUACUUUGUUUUGAAGUUACUUAUUUCAAAGUGGAAUAGCAUAAGUAGUUGUGACUAAUCAAUUCAAUAAAAAUAAAAUAAAUAGCUGGUAAUCGUAACAAAGUUUAUUUAGUUGAAAUUUAAACAUAAAGUAAAGUUGAUGUUUUAUUUAGAAAACAUAUUUAUACUGCUAAGUACCAUAUGGACAUUAUAUAGAAAAAACGGCAUUUGAAAUUUUAUUUUAAAGACUAAUAUGAAUUUAAACGUGUGUAAUGAAGUUUUAUUCAUAUAUUCUUCUUAUUUUUAUAUAUAAGGAUUAAGGAUUGUUGUUUAUUUUUAGAAUUAAUCGUUUGAGUAUUUUUUUUAUUUUAAAGUAGUUUUGUUUCAAUUUUCUGUCAAAUAUUUGUUCUUACAUUGUCCAUUAUAAUUAUUGUAAUAUUUUGACGUAUGUUUAUUUGAUUUAUGGGAACUUAACCUCAUCAUCUUAUGCGGUUAGUAAUUUUUCUCAACAAUAAAGUUGAAGUGGGACAACCAAAGGUAAGCAGCUUAUUGAUUUGGGCUACCAAAAUAAUGUCAUAAAAUCUCAUUAUCGACUCUUGAUAUUCCAAUAACUUGUACAUCAUACUCUGCGACUCUUCAACCCAAAUAAAGAGACAUAUAUUGCAACUUUGUAGCAUAGACAAAAGAAAAACUCUUAAAAGUGACAGAUAAAUCGUGAGCUACCUUCAUGCUUCUAACACAGCUCGAGAUGUCAGAACACUUCUUUGUCACAUCUAGUGAACAACUUUCUUUGUUGUUCAAAAAAAAAAAAGUGAACAACUUUCUUUUGAAAGUUUGCAAACCAGGCCUGAAACGAUAGAUAAUACCAACAAUUUCAUCUAUAUUUGUAAUUUGUUUCCAAUAUGAGGCUUUUAUUGAUGAUAUUAUAAGCAAAAGCAUUCGUCGUGCUAUAGGUAGUGACUCGUACCGAAAGAUCUCAUGUGAUUCGCUUGGCUUUUGAUUUGAGUACGGUCAGCUCAUAAUCUUACGACCCGUUAAAGGUUUGCAAUCCAGGCAAGCAAUGAAAAAUAAAACAUCAAAAACCCAUAAAGGGUUAGGUUUUUAUCUAAAUUGACAGACAACAGAACUCAAGAAACUGAUGAAAUAGAAAGUAGGAAGGAUCGGAAGCGGCAUAGUAUACAGAGGAGAAAAAUAAGUUUGAGUUUCGAAAUCAGAAAGUGGAUUUUGAUGCGUGCACCUUGUCACCGUGGGUGAGCAGCGAAUAUAUAGUGAGUAAGUGACAGAGGAGAAUCUGAAGCGAAGGUCGGCAUGGAGCUGUUACUGUGUUUGAAUGAUGAAUAAUUGAAAGAAGAGUGGGGAAUAAGGACAUUCGAACUUGAACUUUUGCUUGCAGUAAUUUUUUUCUUUUUCUAAUUUGUUUUUGUUUUCCUUACAAACCAUUCCAAUCAUGAACCCGGACAUAACCGAAAUCAAUGGUAAUCUUAACUGAAAUAGAAACAAAACCUAACUAAAAUUAAACGGGAGCUAACCGGAGACCAGGAACCCUAAAGAGCAAACGACGAAGCCGUCGUGUAAGGAUAGUCGCCAAAAGAAACCUUCAGCGGCAUAGGACCACCACCAAGAGGCGAGGCGAGGCGAGGCGAGACUCGAGCAUCCACCUUCAAAGAUAGACCGGAGCAGACCAGAAAAGCUUCUACCACAAACAUAGAGAAGCACGACAUAACCACCGAAACAUCUGACAGAGAGAGAGAGAGAGAGCCGAGAAAAACUACAUCGGCGAGAAGGAGGCAGAAAAGGGAGAGAAAAAAGCUUGAUUUGGUAAACUAUCUUACAACUGGGCCAGUAUGUUUCCUAGAAGCCCAAACCCAAAAUCUUCAACAAAUGAAAGCGUGACAGGUGUCAUCAAAAAGCCCCAAGGAAAGAAAAAAGUCUACUUUAUAGUAUAAGAUAUAUAUAUUAAAAGCAGCUGUAUGCGUUCAAAAAAAGUAAAAAAGAAUCUAAAUCAGUUGUAACUUUUAUCUUGAAUAGUUGUAAUUAGUAAUUAUCAAAAUGUAGAUACAAGGUCAUGUCUAAUGAAACAAAACCCAAACCAUUAGAGUUAUUAUGGAGCCAGAAGAUGAUAGAUACCCUUAUUCUUGGAUUAUCUUAUAUAUUUGGAAGGCGAGUAAUGACAAGUUAUUCAGAGGUAUAGAAAGGGACCCAUUGGAGUUAGUCAAAUAUGCAGAGAGUGAAUGUCAAGCAUAGUACAAUACAAAGGAUAUUAUAAAUGUUCUUCCACGGGCGCAAAUUGUUGAAGAAACACAAGCUUUAAGCUUGGGUAAUAUUUGUACGGUGGAUGGUUCAUGGACCUCCACAGAUCAAUUCAGUGGAAUUGGAUGAGUUUGGAAGGAUAGCAUAGAAAGAUCCAACUUAUGCAGACACGAAACUUAAUUGGUAUAAACGUGAAAUAGAUUUAUAAAUCUAUUUCACGUUUGGAAUCUAUUUCAAUGGAAUUGGAUGGGUUUGGAUUUAUAAAUCUAUUUUACGUUUGGAAUCCUAAAAAUAAGUAUUGUUAGUGUCAUUUUCUUGAGUUUGUAAAUAUAUUUUACGUUUAUAACUCACAUAUUAAGAAAAAAGAAUUAACCAUCUUUUAAUAUAUUUUUUACAAAAUGCAAAAUGAAUUUUAUUUACUAAGUAUAUUUGCCGGGAAAUGCUCUCGUCUAAACCGCAGGACUCAAAACGCAAUGGUUUAAAUGUGUUUGUGUAACAUUUAUAGAAGAGACGUAAUGACAAUAUGAGCUGAUAUUUAUAACUGAAAAUUUCUAAAAUGGGUUCGCUAACCUAACCGAUGGAAUUAGAUAUACGUGAAUCUGUAACAUCCUGAGUUGUGAUAUAUGGAAAGGCUUAAGAGGAUUGAUUUGACUACCUAUGUCACCAAAGUUGACUUACAUUUUAUGUCACAUAUCCGUUUAGAACUCCAGACUUAAUCACGUUUGGGCUGGAGUAGUGAAAGGAUGAGUGACCUAUCGGGAAGUGAUUUGCGAUACCGUGCGAGUGAGGUCAAAACACGAGGAAAGAUCGGGUGGUGAUUACAUGGCCAGUAAACAAUGAUUUCGAGUUUUCAGAAAAAUUAAUGCACCGAUUGUUGGAAUGGGAUGGGAUCCACGGGCCGAGUGAGCAGACGUGGAUGGCCCAUUAGCCGUGGGUGGUCGGAGCGUUAUAAGUGGUAUCAAAGCCAGGUUAGCCAUCUCGGUUCUGGUCCGAAAGCUGUCUUGAGACAUGUCGUGGGGUGCAACGAGAACGUUGCGUUCUUUGAAAGGGGGUGAAUUGUGACAUCAUGAGUUGUGAUAUAUGGAAAGGCUUAAGAUGAUUGAUUUGGCUACCUAUGUCACUAAAGUUGACUUACCUUUUCCAUCACACAUCCGUUUAUAACUCCAAAGUUAAGCGUGCUUAGACUGGAGUAGUGAGAGGAUGGGUAACCUAUGGGAUCGUGAUACCGUGCGAGUGAGGUCAAAAGUGGAAACAUCGGGUGGUGAUUGUAGGGUCAGUAAACAAUGAUUUCGAACUUUCAGAAAAAUUAAUGCACCGACUGUUGGAACAGGAUGAAGCCUACGGAUCGAGUGAACGGAUGUGGAUGGCCCAUUACCCGUGGACGGUCGGAGCGUUAUAGAAUCAUUGUUGAUGAAAGAUUCCGAAAUUUUUAUGUCGACUAUAUUUUUGGUUUUGCAUUUUUAUAUGGAACAAAGGUGAUAGUGAAGUAGCCAAAAAGUAACUUAUACGUUGCUGGUAUAUCUCAAUAAAUACCAACAAAAAUGGUUAGUUACAUAAAGAGAUUUAUAAUUUGUCUUAGAGCAUCAACAACCAUUGGGACCUCAUUAAGUAAACAAAUUAUUAAUAUUUUAUUUUAAUUAAAUGAAGUAAUUAAUUUUUAUUUAUCUUUUUGAAUUUAAAAUAAUAUAAAAGUGACACAUGAGUCUGUAGGUUAUAAAGUCGUUGAAAUAUAUAAGUUUAGAACUUUUUCUGACACUUUUCCUAAUUUUUUCUUAUUAAUUGAUUAUUUUUAAUUUUAGAAACUUAUGUCAAAAACCUCCGUUGAAAGUGUUCGAAUAGGGUAGAAAAUAAAUAAAUUGGACUGAAAACAAUUAAAUUAAAAGGGGCCAAAAGAAGAUUUGGAAAGGCAAAUCUAAUGUCAUUACAUGAACCCGUACUUGGUGGCCAAAGAAGAAGAAGAAGAAGCAAAGUUAACCUAACCGGUAUCACAGCAUGAUUACUUCUAGCGGGUCUGCAUGUGCGCGUGUUCUAAAGCCACGUCCUAGGUUGCAGUUGUCCUUUGCUUUUUUCUUUCUUAGGCAGAAACUCAGUUGAGUUUCUUCAUUAAUGCUUUAUCAUUUUUUUUAAAAAAAAUGAUUAAAAAUAAAAUAAACAUACCAAUAAUUUGUCAAUAGCCAUUAAAAUCUGAGUUCUUCAUUAAUGCUUUAUCAUUUUUUUUAAAAAAAAUUGAUUAAAAAUAAAAUAACAUACCAAUAAUUUGUCAAUAGCCAUUAAAAUAUUGUCAUUUGCAGGGUCGGUCCUGAAUCAUGUUAGGUGAAACAUUUGCAAUAGGUUCUCAAUUUUUUUAAAAAAAAUUACAUAUAAAUAAGCUUUCAAAAAAAAUUUUAAACCUCUAAAUUUGUAAAAAAAAAGAAAAAUUACAUAGAAACAGUCACAUGUUCCAAAAUCUCAGGACCGGCCUUGAUCAUUUGUCUUUAGAAUUUCUCAAAAACUUUUUAAAAAUCUUUCCCAAUAAAGAUGAAUCUUCAUUUCUCUCCGUUUUAUUCUCUUUUGUUUUUUUCUUGUUUCUUUUAUUCACCAGAUACCCUAGGGAUACUGUCUUUUUUUUUCUUUGAACUUACCCUAGGGAUACUGUCACUGCGCUUGUCCUUAAUUUCGUCUGAUUUCAGCUCAAUAACACAACCACUCACUGUCACGGGGAGAUAUUUGCGCGUUUUCUUACUACCAAAUGUGAAUCUCGAGAUUUUUUUCCCAAAACUUUCUAAAAGUUAGCAACUUAUCUAGAAAUUAGAUAUAUUAAAAACAGCUAUAUACGUUCAAAAAGGUAGAAAUAAUCUAAAUUAGUCGUAAGUUUUAUCUAGAAUAAUUUUUAUUAGUAAAUAUUAUCACAAUUUUUUUCUCAAAAAAAAAAAUAUUAUCACAAUGUAGAUACAGGGCCAUGUCUAACGAAACAAAACCCAAACAAAAAACAUGUCUAAAACCUCUUGAUAAUGUAAACUUUUAGGGGUCCAUUUUCUAACUUUUAUACAGUACAGUAUAUCCUAUAAAUAAAUAUUGUUAACCACCUUUAAUACAUUUUACAAAAUACAUAUUUUUUUUUCUGAACGAAACAUAUAAUUUUUAUUACUAUACAUAUUUUUACCACAAAAAGUAUUAUGUUUUUUUUUCUGCAAUCAUCUUAGGCUUCCAAAACCCUAGGAACAGACAUAUAAAAUGCCAAUGAACGUACCAAUCACAACAAACUCAACCUUGUAAAUGGCCGGAGAAAUGCUCUCGCCUACACCUCAGGAGUCAAAACGCAACCGUUUAAAACCGCAUAUCAUGGUGUUUCCAUAUCCAGCACAAGGCCACUUGCUUCCUCUUCUGGACUUAACCCAUCAACUCUGUCUUCUUGGCAACGUCACUGUCUCAAUCAUCGUCACACCUAAAAACCUUCCUCACCUCUCCCCUCUUCUCUCCGCUCAUCCAUCCGCCGUCUCCGCCGUCACUCUACCUCUCCCUCACAGUCCUUCCGGCGUUGAGAACGUCAAAGACCUUGGCUGUACUCCUCAUAUCAUGGCUUCUCUUCGUCAGCUUCGAGAGCCUAUCAUCAAGUGGUUACGUUCUCAUCCAAAUCCUCCCGUUGCUCUCAUCUCUGACUUCUUCCUCGGAUGGACCAACGAUCUCGGUGUUCCUCGCUUUGCUUUCUUCAGUUCUGGAGCGUUCUUUGCUUCGCUUGUACAUUAUGUCUCCGACAAGCGUCAUCUCUAUGACCAAACUGAGCCUGUCUGUAUCUCGGAUCUUCCUCGCUCCCCUGUUCUUAAGACAGAGCAUCUACCGUUAACCCCGCAAUCUCCCUUGUCGCGAGAUGUUAAUAUCGUUAGAGACAUGACCAUGAACUUCUCUAGCCAUGGUUGUAUUUUCAAUUCUUGCAACUGUCUGGAAGAGGAGUACAUGGAGUAUUUGAAGCUGAAAGUGGGUCAUAACCGGGUUUUUGGUGUUGGUCCGGUUUCUUCUGUCGGUUUAGGCAAGGGAAAAUCAGAACUCAAUGUAGACGUGAAGACCUUGUUUAGUUGGCUUGACGGAUGUCCGGAUGGAUCUGUGCUUUACAUAUGUUUUGGAAGUCAAAAAGUGUUGAGUAAAGAGCAAUGUGAUGCUUUGGCGCUUGGUCUUGAAAAGAGCAUGACCCGGUUCGUUUGGGUGGCUAAGACAGACCCGAUACCCGAUGGGUUUGAGGAUCGGGUCGCCGGUAGAGGAAUGAUUAUUAUCGGGUGGGCUCCUCAGGUGGCUGUGUUGAGUCACGUGGCCGUUGGUGGGUUUUUAAGCCAUUGUGGAUGGAACUCGGUGCUGGAAGCGGUAGCCAGCGGAACAACGAUCUUGGCUUGGCCUAUGGAAGCAGAUCAGUUUGUGGAUGCCAAGUUGCUGGUGGAGUAUACAGGUGUAGCUGUUAGUGUCUGUGAAGGGGGUAAGACUGUGCCGAACCCACAUGAGUUAGGUCGGGUCAUAGCUGAAACAAUGGGUGAGCAAGGACGUGAGGUACGUGCUCGGGCCAAGGAGAUGGGAAAGAAGGCACGUGCUGCGACAGAAGUAAGAGGAAGCUCUACUAUUGAUUUGGAAAGACUUGUCAAAGAACUGGACUCUCUAUAAAGAUAUGAUUGCAAUGAUUAAAACGGUUUAUGGAAAUAAAAAAAGUGUUUUAUUGUUAAAGCAUCAUAUCUUCUUAGUUAAGACUAAGAGCAUCUCCAAUGGUGUUAUAAUCAUUGGAGUCCUUAUGAUUAUUAAACUAAUUUUUUUUUAGAAUAGUUAAGGACUCUAAUCAAAAUAGUAUGUCUAAUGGUGUUUUCCAAUUUGAAGCUCUUAGCAAUAAAAAAUAUUAAAUUUAAUAACAUGCAAAAUUUAAAAUUUUAUUUAUUACAUGAUUAAAUAUUAAGAUACAAUAAUUAUUAAUCUUUAUCACCAAAUUUGUUCCAAAUGUUUUCAAUUAAAUCAUUUUUCAAUUGUUCAUAUAUACGCCUAUCGCGAACAUGAAUCUGAACGCCAAGCAUAUUACCGAGAUUUGAAGGCAUGUCGGUACUAUAAGACAUAUCCACCCGUGAACUUCUGGUGACGUCUCCUUCUUCAAAUUCAGAUGUAUCGUACCGAGUGUAUCCAUCACGUUCAUUUUCGACUAUCAUAUUGUGUAGUAUGAUAUAUGCUCUCAUAAUCUUCUCUAUCUUUUCCUUGUCCCAUGAAAGAGCCGGGUGUUUUCACAAUCGCAAAUCGACCUUGCAAUACUCCAAAAGUCCACUCCACAUCUUUUCGGGUUGCUUCUUGAACUUUAGCAAAUAACUCAGCUUUAGGACCUUGAGGAAGUGAGAUUGAUUGGAUAAAUGUUGACCAUUUUGGAUAUAUACUGUCUGUGAGGUAGUACGCCAAAUUAUACAUGUGACUAUACAUGAGGUUAACAAAACCAGUAUUGCUAUCCAUGGUUAGAGAAUGGUCUGUGUUACUUUACUAGGAACACAGAGCCUUAAGCAAGCGAUUUUUAACUAAGAAAUAUUUAAAUCCAAUAAAAGCUGAGCAGUUAGGAAGGUAGAAAGCAAUUCAUUAGCAUUUAACACCAAUCUAAUCUGACUAAGUAGAAUGGUCUGAGAACUCUACUAGCAACACAGAGCCUUCGGGAACCGAUUUAUAACUAAGUAACAAUUAAAAAAAUCAAAUCUGAGGAGUUAGGAAGGUAGAAAGUAAUUUAGUAGCAUUUAACACUAAUCAAAUUUGACCAGUUGGAAAGUUUUACAGUAAAUGAGUUUUAGCAUUUAUAACAUUUUCACUUUCAUUUUCAGUUAUUCCCGACUUUAAACAUUUUGAAUCAUAAUAUAGUUAUUCACAUACAACUACUAUAUGUUCAAUAUAGUUAUACAUACAACUACUAUAUGUUUUUUUUAUUAUUCAAAGAAAUGAGACUAGGAAGUAGUUUCUACAUACCUUACAGACACUCGCGAGGUCAGAGACAUGCCGUUUUAAGUCUUUGAAGCUCCUCCUGAACAGAUAGGAGAUUAAAAAGUCAAGUUUUUUUAAAAAUGAAGAAACAUCGAUCAAAAGCAGAAGGAGAGAAACUAACCAGGCAGAAACAUGACGACCAAACCUAUUAAAACUAAUACACAAACCAUUAGACAAACAACCAAUUCAAAUCCAUUUGUAGCCCCUGAUUUCUUCUUAGAUAACUCACAGACUGUAUUCUCUAGCUUAACCAGCUUCUGCUUGCUCUCAUUACCUUGAUCCUUAAGCUGCCUAAGUUGUGUCUGAAAGUCACUCAUCUCCUCCAUAACCGCCACAUCCCACCAUUUCCAAACAUGGCAGUCUCCAUCAGCAACAUUCUCACAUGUGAAGUACCUUUUGCCUGGAUCUUUUCUAGUGUAAGAUGUUGCAACAACAGGCUCACCACCACAGUAGCAUGUCUUCGGGAUUCCAUCAUCAGCCUCAGGUUGAGGUGGGUACUGAACCGGAACCUGAAUAUUGUAGCUACUCUCAGCUUCAUCCGCGUACAUAUCAGCUUCUGCUUGAAGGAGGCAGGUUAAACCUAUGUCAUACUCGUCUGAUGAAGAAGGCUGGCUGUAGCUAUAAUCUUGUCCCAUGUUUCGUUAACCUGAAAGAAAU